ACUAAACACAAUUUUAUUUCGGACAAGGGAUCUGAAAUCCCUAUGUGAUCUAUCUCCCAUCUCGUUGUCUGAAAGCCGAAGCAACCAUCUUUGAGUCUGAUUCAACCUGGAACUCAACAAAGCCGAGCUCAAUCGCGCACUCGGGACACCCUUUGAUUACAUAUGUUGGAUCUGUCGUCCCUGAACUACCCAAACAGUUUAAGAUUAGGUUUAUUCUGAGCUCAAACAGGUCUACCAUCACUCAAAGGAUAGUUGGUGAACCCCAAAAGUGGAAAGAAGGUGCAAAAUCACAAGACAAAAAGGGAAAAACCUGAUUUUGGUCUAUACUCGGUCGAGUAUCACAUAUAUUCGAUCGGGUAUCUGGUUGAAAUUUCAAAUCGGAUCGGAUCCGAAAACAAAGGAACAUGCAGGAGAAGAUUUUUCCCACGAUCGAGUGUCUAUACCCGAUCGGGUACACCGACAUACUCGAUCGGGUAUAGCUAUGAAUUAUACCCGAAUAUCGAUCGAGUAUGGAUCGAAUUCGAAGUUCUACACAUACUCGAUCGAGUAUAUGUAUAUACUCGAUCGAGUACCCGACCUGCACCUCAAAAAGCCUAUAAAUACACCUCCUUUCCUUCACUUUUAGAUACCAAUUCCUUUAUACUCUUAAGCUCAGUUUAGAAUAGCAUUUCUCUAUAUUUCUUUUAGCAUGUUUAGUCUCCAAAUGAGGAGCUAAACUUCCAUUUCUUGGUUUUGCUCUUAAAGCUUGAUUGAUUAUUAAAGUUGUGAGUUAUUUUCUUACUUUCUCCUCUUGAUUAUUAAUUCUUCCCUUAAUCUCAUUCUAUAUUAAUGUUGGAGGGUGGCUAAGUGACGAUUAGUUAACGUUCCAACAUUGAUUAUUACUAGAAACGUUCAACGAACCUAUGGUUAAACGUUGAUGGUUUCAUAAGUAAGUAACUUCGGUUUAUUAAUGCACGGUCGUGGUUAAUAAACUUAAGAGGGAUUAAUUUUGUUGGUUAAACCGAAACUGUUGUGUUGAGGUUAUCAAUCUUAAUUGAUUUCAUCAAGGAGUUAAAGAGGUUAAAAGCUACUGUUAUAUCGGUAUACGGCGUUGUUCUAUAUUUGAUAAAUAGUAAGGGUUAUUAAUGAACGGUCGUUGUUAAUAACUACCUCGAUGAAUUGGAUAUACUCCUCGAUUGAGUAUUCGAGAGGGGAUAAGUUACAGAUAUAACAAUGAUCGACUAAAAUAUAUCAACAAGUGGAAAGUAGCAAGACCAAGUCCCUUUUAUUCUUGAAUUUAAUCCCAUAUAACUCGUUCAUCUUCGUGUUUAAUUUAAUUAAAUCACUCAACAAUCAAAACCCCCCUUUAUUUACUAUUUACAUAAAAAGAAAGUUGUUCCUUUCCCUGUGGAUACGAACUCUACUUCACCUAUACUACGUAUAAGUGUUAGUAUUGAUUUAUUUUGAGUGCACGCACGACAAAGUGCACGUCAAAUUUGGCGCCGUUGCCGGGGAAAGGCAAUUAAUUUUUCUUUUUAUUUUAUUUUAAGAAAAAGAAAAAAUAUGGUUCAAGUAUAAAGAUUUCUAUUUCUUCUGAGCUUUGUAGUACAUGCUAAAAUAUCGUUCACUGAACGAAAUCACAUACCACUCAAACCCCGAAAUAGAACAAACUCUCGAGCGGCUGAAAAACAAGUUCUCAAACUCAGACUCGGGAGAAUCAUCAAGUGCUAGUUCUCAAUCUAGCGAGACCGAAGAGCCAAUCACUAUGGCUCAUGAAACGAGAACAUUGAGGGAGCUCACAGCUCCGAAUCUAAAUCAAAAACCCCUGUGUAUCACUUUUCCAACUCUUGAUACGGGGUCACAUUUGAGCUAAAAUCUGGGCUCAUUCAUCUACUUUCCUCUUUCCAUGGUCUACGGGGGGAAGACCCGAACAAACAUCUAUCGGAAUUCCAUAUUGUGUGCACAAGCAUGUGCCCCAAUGGCGUAUCCGAGGAACAAAUCAAGCUAAGGGCUUUUCCUUUCUCUCUAAAAGACACCGCGAAGGAUUGGCUUUUCUAUCUUCCUUCGGGUAGCAUCAACACAUGGGCUCCAAUGAAAAAGAGCUUUCUCGACAGGUACUAUCCCGCAUCUAUCUCUUCAAGUCUCAAAAAGCAAAUUAGCAACAUUGAGCAAGCACAUGAUGAGACCUUGUACGAAUAUUGGGAGCGCUUUAAAAAAUUAUGCGCUAGUUGCCCAUAUCAUGGGUAUUCGGAACAAGAUCUCAUCCUCUACUUCUAUGAUGGGCUUGUUGAUCAAGAUAGACGCAUGGUGAAUGCGGCAUGCGGAGGGGGUAUUGUUAACAAAACCCCUUCCCAAGCAAGAGACCUCAUUUCGGAAUUAGCCGAAAACUCAAGACACUACAAUGGGAGGUCAUCAUCAAAAAGAGUUAUGGCAGCGGAAUCCAACAACUCGUUGGAAAGUCAAGUGGCCGGCUUGACUUCUUUGGUUAAAGAUUUUCUUUUGAAUCCAAAAACCCAAGAAGUCAAGGUCUGCGGCAUAUGCUCGACACAAGGGCAUCCCACCGAUUCUUGCCCAACACUUCAAGAGGAGAACCCCGAGCAAGUCAAUGCUUUGGGUUUCCAAGGCCAAAGGAGGUAUGAUCCUCACAGAAACACCUACAAUCCGAGAUGGAGAGAUCAUCCCAACUUAAGGUACGGAAACUCUCAACCUCCUCAACAAUCAAACCCUCCCCCUCAACUAUAUAAACAACAAGGGCAAACAUCGAACUCGAGCAUGUCCACCGAAGACAUGAUUCGAUCACUGGCCAUGAACAUGGCCACGAUGCAACAAAGUGUGACCCAAUUCCAAGAAACAACAAAAUCUAGCAUCCACAACUUGGAAAAUCAAAUGAGCCAAAUCUCAAAUGCCGUGAGUAGACUUGAAGCUAAGGAUUCGGCAAAACUCCCAUCUCAAACGGAGCCGAAUCCAAGGCAACAAGCUCACGCGGUCACUUUGAGAAGUGGCAAAGAAUUGGUUAUGGCUAAGGCAAAAGCAAAGAGCCAUGUUGGAGAGGAGGAGGAGGAUAUCUUGGUGCCAAGCACAAAUCCUCAAAAUGAAGAGGAGAAGGAGGAGGAAACCACACCUCAAAGAAAGUUUCCACCGCUCGAUUCAUACGAGCCGGUGCCACCUUUUUCGGAGGCUCUCAAAGACAACCGAAAAUACAACAAUGACAAGGACAUCUAUGAGACCUUCAGCAAAUGUGAGGUAAAUAUCCCUCUUCUCAAUUUAAUUAAAGGUGUUCCUAGAUUUGCAAAGUUUUUAAAAGAGCUUUGCACAAUUAAACGGAAACACAAAUUAAAUGGAAAGCAUAAAAUCCAAGUGAGUGAAAGAGUAUCGGCCGUUUUUCAAAAGAAAUUGCCUAAAAAGUAUAGUGACCCGGGAAUGUUCACUAUACCAUGUAAACUUGGAAAUUCUAGUUUUUCGAGGGCUAUGUUAGAUUUGGGUGCAUCAAUCAAUGUCAUCCCAUAUUCUCUAUAUAAGUCCCUAGAACUAGGCCCUUUACAUGAAACGGGGGUUGUUAUCCAACUUGCCGAUAGAUCCAAUGCUUACCCGAAAGGUGUAGUAGAGGAUGUACUCGUCAUGGUGGAUAAUUUAAUUUUUCCCGCUGAUUUUUACGUUCUCGAAAUGGAGAACGAUAAAAAUGCAGUCCCUAUUUUAUUAGGAAGACCCUUUUUAAAGACGGCCAAAGCAAAAAUUGAUGUCUUUAGUGGAAUACUAACCAUGGAGUUCGAUGGUGAGAAAGUUGAAUUUAAUAUCUAUGACUCCAUGAAAUAUCCCACCGAUAAUCACUCUCUUUUUGCCAUUGAUACUUGUGACACUUGGGUCCAAGAUGUAUUUGAAAUUGAGGGAAAAGAUGAAAUAUUAAGCUCAAUUGAGAAUGAUGUAGAGGAUUUCACUUUGGAAUACUCUAUGUCAAAUAACAUGAAGGUUAUGGUGGCGGAGUUAAAUCAACUCCCACUUUUGCCACCGGGCUCUAAAGCCCUCCCACUAACCAUCCCAAGCGAGAAGCCGCUACCAUCUGUUUUGCAGGCACCGGAGGUGGAAUUAAAACCACUUCCUGAAAAUUUGAAACAUGUGUUCUUGGGCGAAAAUCACACUCUACCGGUGAUUAUCUCAAAUGCCUUAGCCCAGGAACAAGAGGAAAGAUUGAUUGCGGUCCUCAAGGAGUACAAGUUGGCCAUUGGAUGGUCUAUUGCCGACAUUAAAGGCAUUAGUCCAUCCACAUGCAUGCACCGUAUCCUACUUGAAGACGAGGCCAAAGCGGUGAGGCAACCGCAACGAAGAUUGAAUCCACCCAUGAUGGAGGUGGUGAAAAAGGAGGUGAUCAAACUACUUCAAAUGGGAAUCAUCUUUCCCAUCUCCGAUAGCAAAUGGGUGAGUCCAACCCAAGUGGUGCCAAAGAAGACCGGAGUGACGGUCAUUGAGAACAAAGAAGGCGAGAUGGUACCCACCCGAAUUCAAAACGGGUGGCGAGUUUGCAUUGACUACCGAAGGCUCAAUUCGGUAACUAGAAAAGACUUCUUUCCAUUGCCCUUCAUUGAUCAAAUGCUAGAGAGGCUAGCGGGGCACAAGUUCUAUUGUUUUCUUGAUGGUUACUCCGGGUAUUUCCAAAUACCAAUAGCCCCGGAGGACCAAGAGAAAACAACCUUCACAUGUCCAUUUGGCACUUUUGCCUACCGACGAAUGCCCUUUGGAUUAUGCAACGCACCGGGCACCUUUCAAAGGUGUAUGAUGAGCAUCUUCUCCGAAUUUGUGGAGGUAUUCAUGGAGGUCUUUAUGGAUGAUUUUACAAUUCAUGGGGACUCUUUUGACACUUGCCUCUACCAUCUCACCCUUGUGCUCAAAAGUUGUAUUGAAUCCAACCUUGUCCUAAAUUCUGAAAAAUGCCACUUUAUGGUGGAACAAGGGAUUGUUCUUGGGCAUGUGAUCUCUUCAAAAGGCAUUGAAGUAGACAAGGCCAAGAUUGAUGUCAUCCAAACGCUCCCGUACCCAACAAAUGUACGGGACAUCCGCUCUUUCCUUGGACAUGCCGGAUUCUAUAGAAGGUUCAUCAAAGACUUCUCCAAAAUCUCAUCUCCUUUAUGCAAACUUUUGCGAAAGGAGGUGGAAUUUGAUCUCAAUGACGAAUGCAAGGAGGCUUUUGACACUUUGAAGGCAAGGUUGGUAACCGCUCCAAUCAUACAAGCUCCCGAUUGGUCUCUUCCUUUUGAGAUCAUGUGUGACGCAAGUGAUUAUGCGGUGGGGGCUGUUUUAGGCCAAAAGGUUGGAAGGGCUGCUCAUGUCAUCUACUAUGCCUCAUCAACUCUCAAUGAAGCACAAAAGAACUACUCCACUACCGAGAAGGAAAUGCUAGCGGUGAUCUUUGCUUUGGAGAAAUUUCGUUCCUAUCUCCUUGGAACGAAAGUGAUUGUAUACACCGACCAUGCCGCUCUCCGAUUCCUAAUGACAAAAAAAGAGGCGAAACCAAGACUCAUUCAAUGGGUCCUUCUAUUGAGUGAGUUUGACAUAGAAAUCAAAGACAAGAAAGGAGCGGAGAACUUGGUGGCCGAUCAUCUGAGCCGCUUGGUUCCAAACAAAGAAAUCGAAGGUCUCCAUACCAAUCUCAUAAAAGGCGAAUUUCCGGACGAGACUCUCUUCUCCAUCAAAGUCAUACAACCAUGGUACGCAAACAUUGUAAACUUCCUUGUCUCCGGCAAAUUUCCUCCACAAUUCUCAAAAUCUCAAAAAGAAAAAUUAAAAAGGGACUCAAGACUCUAUGUGUGGGAUGACCCCUAUUUGUGGAAGCAUUGCAAGGAUCAAAUAAUCCGAAGAUGCAUCCCCGAAUAUGAGAUAGCCCACAUAAUAGAGUUUUGCCAUUCUUACGCUUAUGGGGGACAUUUUGGCCCGAAACGGACGGCAAUGAAAAUUCUUGAAAGUGGUUUUUGGUGGCCGAGUCUAUUCCGGGAUACACAUGGCUUUUGUCAAUCUUGUGACAAUUGCCCAAGAGCGGGCAACAUUUCAAGGAGGAACGAGAUGCCACAAAACCCCAUGCUUUUCUGUGAAAUUUUCGAUGCAUGGGGUAUUGACUUCAUGGGACCUUUCCCAAACUCUCAAGGUAACAUCUACAUCCUUCUUGUAGUAGAUUACGUCUCCAAAUGGGUGGAGGCAAAAGCAACAAAAACUGAUGAUGCCAAGGUGGUAGCUAGUUUCCUCAAAUCACACAUAUUUUCAAGGUUCGGGGUCCCUCGAAUUUUAAUAAGCGAUCGAGGCACACAUUUUUGUAAUAAAAUUGUGGGAUCCCUACUAAAGAAAUAUGGUGUGACUCACAAGAUCUCCACCGCUUACCACCCUCAAACCAAUGGCCAAGCGGAAACCUCGAAUAGGGAGUUGAAAUCUAUACUCCAGAAAACAGUGAACCCGAACAGGAAGGAUUGGAGUAUACGCAUUGAUGAUGCACUUUGGGCAUACCGAACCGCCUACAAAACCCCAAUCGGUAUGUCACCUUAUAGACUUGUGUUUGGAAAAGCUUGUCACCUUCCCGUAGAGCUUGAACACAAGUCAUAUUGGGCGGUAAAAGAAUUCAACCUCAAUCUUGACGAGGCCGGUAUACAUAGGAAGCUCCAAUUACAAGAAUUGGAAGAACUCCGCCUGGAUUCUUAUGACAAUGCGGAGAUUUACAAAAGAAAGACGAAGGAGUGGCAUGAUAAAAUGAUCAUAAGGAAGGAUUUUAAACUUGAUGACAAAGUCCUCCUAUUUCAAUCACGCCUUCGUCUAUUCCCGGGAAAGUUGAGAUCCCGUUGGACCGGACCAUACAAAGUGGUCAAAAUCUAUCCAUACGGGGCGGUGGAAAUUGAAGACCCGGAGAUGGGAGAGUGCUCAAAGUGAACGGACAGAGACUAAAACCCUUCGUUGAGGGUUUUCAACCCAAGAACGUGGAGAUCAUAGACCUUUCUGAACCGGUCUAUGAAUAAAGGAGAAACGAAGAUAUCGUCGAGCCACGACGUUAAACAAAGCGCUUCUUGGGAGGCAACCCAAGCAAGGUAUGUUUUCUGUAUCAUUUUAUCAAGUAGAGUGUGUGAGUUUAAAAACAAAAAAAAAAUAAAAAAAAAACACAAAAAAAAAAUGAUACCUGGGGAUAUACCCGCUCGAGUAUUGAUACAUACUCGGGCGGGUAUUACUGAAAAGAAGAACCCAAGUUCAGUACUCGAUCGAAAUAACCAAAUUUUUUCAAAAAUAGAGGCAUACUCGAUCGGGUAUAUUAUUGUACCCGGUCGAGUAUGAGCUGAAAUGAGAAGAAAAAAAACCUGUCUCCAGUACUCGAUCGAGUACAGGUUGAUACUCGGUCGAGUAUAACGGGAAAAACUACUUUAUUUAAUCCCUGCCUCCAGUACUCGAUCGAGUAACCUUCCAUACUCGGUCGAGUAUAAGCAGAAAAACCACUUCCCUUAACCCCUGUCUCCGGUACCCGAUCGGGUAUACAGGGAUACUCGAUCGGGUACACCUGCGGAUUUAACCCCAACAACACCCCAAAACACUUCAUCUUCCCCAACACUCCCAAAAUUUCGAACCCCCUCUCCCCCAAACUCCAUUUUCAACCCUUCUCUCUACCAUAUCUCUCUCAAUUCUCCACCAAAUCAACCCAUUCCACCACCAAAAUACUCCCCUCCCUCUCCUCUCCAUAUCUAUACCCAAAAAUCCCAUUUUUCCCAAACUUCCACCAAAUCCAAAAAACCCUACCCCCAUUCGAAUUUUUGACUUUUUGAGCUCCAAAGCUUCACAAAUGGCUCCAAGGAAGAAUAGGGGAGAGAGUUCAAACACCAUGGCACCUAUUCCGGGCUUUGAGGACCUCAUUCCCGCCGAUAACGAGCACCGGGCUAGACUCCUCUCAACGAUUAAAAGGCAAGUAAAACCUUCUCGUUUUCUAUGCCACAAUGCUCUCCAUGAAUUGGGUGUGUAUAAGAGUAUGAAAAAGUUCUUUCAUGAGUUGAGUAUGGACCGUAUUUUCAAAAUGGAAUACAACUCGAAUGAAAGAAUUAUCUAUGAAUUCAUAAGCUCGGUGCAAUUUGAGAGUGAUGAGGAUGACUUUAGGGAUGAUAGGCUCAAGUUUCGUUUGUUCAAUCAAAACUAUUCGAUUACAAAACUUGAGUUUGCCGAACAUUUUGGCAUCCCCGUGCCCUACGAGAGAGCCAUCUCGGAUACCACCAUUUUCGGGCACUCCCUAUGGACAAAGAUGACCGGGGAAGUGAAAUUUAGUUCAUCCCAAAUGUAUAUUAGUCAUGUCCAACACCCCGUUCUCCGGUUGUUCUUGAAAUUCUUAGCAAAUUGCUUGCUUGGCCGUCCCAACAACCAUCACACUAGAAUCGGGGACGUGUGUUUGAUGUCCGUGGCCUUAUUCCGUCGUCACGUGGACUUUAAUCUGUGCAAUCUCAUGUGGGCACAUUUGAAAAAAGAAAGCUUAGCAAAAGGGGCCAUAGUUGUAGGUGGAGUGAUAAUGCACUUGGCAAGUAAGUUUGGGUAUACGGAUAACUCUCCUAUACCUGACUAUUGCUUGAUGGAUAUGGGUUGGUUAGGACGCUCGGGAUGUACAUCGUUUUCCCAUACGGUUUAUAUUGGAGACCAACCAAAAAACAUGUACAAUUGGAUCAUACACCUCCAACCUGUCCAAUAUUUCCUAAUGCCAAGCCAAGACACCCCCAAACUACGCUACAAACCGGAGUUCGAGGAGCCUCACUACCUAUUCCCUCACGCCCUCCCACCACAUUUCCAAGAGCCUCAAGCCCCAGACCCCCCGAAAAUCAACCUGACCAAGAACCUCAACCCGAGCAACAAGAACCCGAGGAUGCACUUCACCACAUGCCCGAACAGAACCAAGCUUUCCCACCCCCCGAUUACUUCCAACAACUCCUUGAAGGGUUCAACAAAGUUACCAAUGAAGUUGGAAAAUAUCGGGAGGAACAAAGGGCGGGAUUUCAAAGACUAGAGGAGCAACGGGCCGAAGACAACCGAAAGUAUGAAGAAGAUCAACGUAGGUUCUAUGGACCUAUGUAUUCUUACAUGGCUCAUCAAGGCCAAUUCCACACCAUGGCUCAACCACCACCACCCCCCUCUUGGUAUGACCCCACUCAAUGGGGCAACUUUGGAGGAUCGAGCUCCGGGGGUGGAGGUUAUGACGGCGGGGACGGCGGGGAUGCUCACAUGGGCGACAGGAGCUUUGGAGGCGGAUUUGGAGGCGGCUUCUACGGCGGAGAAGGCGGGCACUAGGGACCGUGCUUGAUCUAAGUGUGGGGGAGGAGACCCUUCAUGGAACUCAUUUGAUCUCUUGGAAGAAGAAGAAGAAGAAAAAGGAGAAAAGGAGGAGAAGAUGAACACUAGAAGACCAUAAAACCCAAGAUGAUAUUUGUAAUUUGAGCAUUAAAACUCAUAUUUUAUCCUUGGUGGUCUUUGUGUUUCUAUUUUGUAACAUUGUUGGAACUCUGGAAGACUUGACACUUGUGAACAUUUGACUUUACUCGAGGCCGAGUAAAGAACUGUGUGGGGGAGUUUGAUACACGUGUAAUUUCCGUGUUUAUGUUUGCAUUUUUAGUUACUUUUUGUAGUUUAGCAUUUCGGAAAUUACACACUUUUGGUGUAAUAGUUUAGUUGUUAAAUUCUUGUAAAAUGUUUAGAUUAGGUUUAUUCUGAGCUCAAACAGGUCUACCAUCACUCAAAGGAUAGUUGGUGAACCCCAAAAGUGGAAAGAAGGUGCAAAAUCACAAGACAAAAAGGGAAAAACCUGAUUUUGGUCUAUACUCGGUCGAGUAUCACAUAUAUUCGAUCGGGUAUCUGGUUGAAAUUUCAAAUCGGAUCGGAUCCGAAAACAAAGGAACAUGCAGGAGAAAAUUUUCCCACGAUCGAGUGUCUAUACCCGAUCGGGUACACCGACAUACUCGAUCGGGUAUAGCUAUGAAUUAUACCCGAAUAUCGAUCGAGUAUGGAUCGAAUUCGAAGUUCUACACAUACUCGAUCGAGUAUAUGUAUAUACUCGAUCGAGUACCCAACCUGCACCUCAAAAAGCCUAUAAAUACACCUCAUUUCCUUCACUUUUAGAUACCAAUUCCUUUAUACUCUUAAGCUCAGUUUAGAAUAGCAUUUCUCUAUAUUUCUUUUAGCAUGUUUAGUCUCCAAAUGAGGAGCUAAACUUCCAUUUCUUGGUUUUGCUCUUGAAGCUUGAUUGAUUAUUAAAGUUGUGAGUUUUUUUCUUACUUUCUCCUCUUGAUUAUUAAUUCUUCCCUUAAUCUCAUUCUAUAUUAAUGUUGGAGGGUGGCUAAGUGACGAUUAGUUAACGUUCCAACAUUGAUUAUUACUAGAAACGUUCAACGAACCGAUGGUUAAACGUUGAUGGUUUCAUAAGUAAGUAACUUCGGUUUAUUAAUGCACGGUCGUGGUUAAUAAACUUAAGAGGGAUUAAUUUUGUUGGUUAAACCGAAACCGUUGUGUUGAGGUUAUCAAUCUUAAUUGAUUUCAUCAAGGAGUUAAAGAGGUUAAAAGCUACUGUUAUAUCGGUAUACAGCGUUGUUCUAUAUUUGAUAAAUAGUAAGGGUUAUUAAUGAACGGUCGUUGUUAAUAACUACCCUCG